UUUAUUCUAAAAUAAAAUUUUGUCCAGAAUAAUAUGCUUUUAUAAGUCCACUAAUAUAAUAUAAAUAUAUAUAUAUAUAUAUAUAUAUUUAUAAUUUUGUUCGGAGUUGGAAAACAUCAACAGCUGAAAAUGUUAGAGAGGAGUGAAAUCUCUUGCUUAUUGCAACCCUUUUCCUUCUGCAUCAUCAUCUUUACCAUUUUUCUCAUAUUCCUCAUAUACAAAUGGUACUCCACCUACAUGGUAACCUCCAAUAACAAAAGCUCACCACCUUCUCCACCAAAGCUCCCCAUCAUCGGAAAUCUUCACCAACUCGGUCUCUGUCCUCAUCGUUCACUGCAAACCUUAGCUCGACGCCAUGGCCCUCUCAUGUUGCUUCACUUUGGCAGCGUUCCCGUCCUCGUCGUGUCGUCCGCCGAACGUGCUAAACAGAUAAUGAAAACCCAUGAUCUAACCUUCUCAAACAGACCCAAAUUAACAGCCUUCGACAAGCUUCUCUACAAUUUCAAAGAUAUAUCAAUGGCACCGUACGGUGAGUACUGGAGGCAGGUGAGAAGCAUCAGCGUCUUGCAUCUUCUUAGCAACAAAAGGGUUCAGUCUUAUCUAGCUGUGAGAGAGGAGGAAACCAAAUCUAUGGUGGAGAAUAUCGAAAAUUGUUGCUUAUCCUCUUCUUCAGUGAAUUUAAGCCUGGUUUUGAUGAAACUUACUAAUGAUGUGGUGUGUAGGGUGGCUUUGGGGAAGAAAUAUAAUGAUGGUGAAGAUGGGAAGAAGUUCAAGAAGCUUUUGGGGGAUUUUGUGGAGUUGUUAGGGACUUUCUAUGUUGGUGAUUAUAUUCCCCAGCUUUCUUGGUUGAGCUUUGUUAAUGGUGUGGAUGCGAAAAUGAAGAAAGUGGCUAAAGAGUUUGAUGAGUUUUUAGAAAAAGUUAUUGAUGAGCAUGUGGAUGAUUAUCAAAACAGAGUAAAUGGUGGUCAUGAUUGUGUUGGAAAUGAGGACUAUAAAGAUUUCACUGAUAUUCUGGUUCACGCUCAAAUGGAAAACUUGCUUGGAGUUGCAAUUGAUAGAGUUUCCAUAAAGGCUAUUAUUUUGGAUAUGUUUGCUGCUGGAUCAGAUACAACAUCCACAGCCUUAGAGUGGGCACUGACAGAGCUACUAAGACAUCCAAAAAUCAUGCACAAACUCCAAACUGAGAUCAGAUCAAUUGCAGGUUCCAAAACCUUCAUCGCAGAGGAUGAUUUGGAAGCAAUGGUUUAUUUGAAAGCAGUCAUCAAAGAGACUCUUCGUUUACAUCCUCCAAUUCCAUUACUAGUUCCCAGAGCGUCAAGAGCAAAAGUGGAGAUCGAUGGCUAUGAAAUCCUACCAGGUUAUCAGGUCUAUAUCAAUGCCUGGGCUAUUGGAAGAGACCCAAUUUCAUGGGAAAGACCGGAAGAGUUCGACCCAGAUAGGUUCUUGAGAAGUGAUGUGGAUUAUAAAGGCCAUGAUUUCCAGUUGAUUCCUUUUGGAGCUGGAAGGAGAGGUUGUCCUGGAAUUUUAUUUGCCAUGGCUGAAAAUGAGAUUGCUCUCGCAAAUCUCGUUCACAGAUUUGAUUGGGGAUUACCGGGCGGUGCUAGUGUAGAGAAUUUGGAUAUCGCCGAAACUACCGGUCUAACCAUACAUAGAAAGUUUCCUCUCGUUGCUGUUCCAUCUCUGUAUAAUCCAUUGUGCUAAUUAAUAAUUAAGGAGCUAUACCCUUUUUCGAUA